AUGGUCGGCCGCGAGGAGAGCGGCGCGACGUAUCCGCAGAUCGGCGUCACCGAGCCGCACCACCCGCUCAGCCACCACCGGGACAAUCCGGAGAAGAUCGCGAAGCUGGCGCGGAUCAACGCGUAUCACAUGCAGCUGUUCAGCGAGUUCCUGGUCAAGUUGCGCUCCACGCCCGACGGCGACGGGUCGCUGCUGGACCACGUCAUGCUCAUGUACGGUUCCGCGCUGCGGAACUCGAACCGCCACACGACCGAGGACCUGCCGAUCCUGAUUGCCGGAGGCGGGUGCGGGCAGAUCCGGGGCGGACGCCAUGUGGUCAAUCCCCAGGGCACGCCGCUGACCGACCUCCAGUACUCGAUGCUGCUGAAGCUGGGCGUCCCCGUGGAGAGCUUCAGCGGAAGCACGGACGCGAUCCACGAACUCUCGGGGCUCGCGUAG